CCACUUCCUUUCCAGCAAAUAGAAAACAGUUGAGAACAUGAAUUCACUGUCAGCUUUGAACACUGGGGAGGAUUGUAUCUGUUUCUGGCAAACAUGAAGUUAGACCUCUGCUAUUUCCUUCUCUUCUGCUUUCAAGUUGAAGUCCUAACAGGAGAAAUCAAUGAUUCCGCCAAGUCUGAGAUGUUUACCUUUCACGAUGGAGGCAUACAAAUUUCAUGCAAAUUCAGUGAGAUAGCCUUGCAAUUUAAAAUGAAGUUGCUAAAAGGGACGGAAGUACUCUGUGAUCUCACUAAGACAAAAGAAAGUGGUAACACGGUGUCCAUUAAGAAUCUGAAAUUCUGUCAAACUCAGUUAUUCAAUGACAGUGUCUCCUUUUUCCUGUAUAACUUGGACAAUUCUCAUGCCAGCUAUUACACCUGCGAACUGUCAAUUUUUGAUCCUCCUCCUUUUCAGAAGAAGAAUAUUAGCAGAGAAUAUUUGAAUAUUUAUGAAUCACAGAUUUGCUGCCAACUGAAGUUCUGGUUACCCAUAGGGUGUUCAGCUUUUGUUGUAGUCUACAUUUUUGGAUGCGUAUUUCUUUGUUGGCUUACAAAAAAGAAGUAUCGAUCCAGUGGGCAUGACCCUAACAGUGAAUACAUGUUUAUGGCAGCAGUGAACACAGCCAAGAAACCUGGACUCACAGGUGUGACUCAUAAUUUGGAACUUUGUGGCACCCAGGCAUGAACCACGUGGGCCAGGUCCCCUCUGACUUGAAGCGCAAGAUUCCCACGUCCCCUGGACCACAGAGAGUCAGACUUGAUUUGAGUACAUGCAUCUUCUGCUGGUGUUCUGUUCAAUCUGGACUAGUGACUAUCGGUCAACAGGGGUUUUAAAAGGCUGCUUCGGUACUGUUGGGUUAUCAAAAACACCCUCUUGCAACUAGUUUUACAGAAAGCCCAGCUCGUGUGUGCUCAAGAAAUAGACCUCACUGGGAUGGAAUUCCUAUCUUCAUAUCUGCUUCUAGCAAUGCACCAGCCAGGAGAACAAACGCAUCUCCAGAUAUUUUUAACAGAUGCCAUGGGUACCGAAUCUGCAAAGCAAAUGGGCUGCCAACAGCCAGUAUCUCUCUGCACUUCGCCUAUAGACUACCUCUUCUUCCUCUAGGGCUGAGCAUUCCUUUUUAGCCACACAGUAGGGGAAGGUGCUUCAAAAUUAUAGCUAUUUUAUUUCUGAGGUAUCAACACGUAAUUGUACUAUUAUAAUAGGUUAGUACACAGUACUCUUUUCCAACAUCUGAACCCCAGUCCUGUAUUCCCAAGAGUUUAGAUGCCUUCUUCUGCCUUCAGUUUGCCUUUUUAAAAUACUCUACAUGACUACUUGACAGGCAUUCUGUUAAAAAACAAUUUUUUUAAUGUUUAUUCACUCUUGAGAGAGAAAGAGCAUGAGCGUGGAGGGGCAGAGAGAGAGGGAGACACAGAAUCUGAAGCAGGCGAUAAGCUCUGUGCUGUCAGCACAGAGCCCUAUACAGGGCUGAAACUCACAGACCGUGAGAUCAUGACCUGAGCCGAAGUCGGCGCUUAACUGACUGAGCCACCCAGGUGCUCCGACAGACAUUCUUGAGUAGGGAGCUUUAUCUACAUUUUCCCCCUCUGCUGCUCAAUAAAACACAUAGUAUAUAUAUUUAAUUGUAGCCCAAUGAAUAUAAUUUGCCUAUAUUUUCCCUACAAGAAUAUUUUUCUUCCAGAAAGACCUCUUAUUUUCCCAAAUUCAGUUAAAAUGAUUUACUUUGUUGACUUGUUUCUACCACAUUAGUGGUAGAAAACAUUGCCUAGAAUCAGAAGUGACUUUAUUGUAUGAGUCUGUUUUCUAUCAUUAUCUAUGUUUUCAUGGUGCUAUUAAUUCCAAGCGAGGCUGUUUCUAUAGGUCAUCUUAAAAUUGCAAGCAAGCAAACAAACAAACCCACAAAACCGUCUUUCACUGCCCAACAUUGUCCCGGAGGGUAGAGCCAAUGAUCCAUUUAGUGGAAAGCUGUAGUUCCUGGAGGUCACUGACAGACUAUAACCCAGAUGACCUCCUGGCUUGACAGGCUGAAAUGGCCCCAUCAGCCUGGAGCAGCCAUCCAGACCUGGGUGAAAUUGCAAGGCUUGAGAGACUCCUGUGAGCCAAGGACAACCAGCUGCUCUUGCCCCCAGAAGCUGACGUGACCAUGGUGAAUCUGCCUGCAUUUGUACCUCCAGGGUCUUGGAGGAGGCACAGAUGUGCCAGGGAACAUCAGCAGGAUUCCUUCUCCUAGUAACUGGCCCUGGCCCUUCAAGAUAGUCUUCCUUUGAAUGCAAUUUGGCUGGAAAGAUUCUUAAAUACAUAUAAUACAUGAUUGGUCUUAGCUGGAAUAUUUUCUCUGCUUCCUGUUUGCAUGCCCAAUGCUUCUGAAGCAGCCAAUGUAUGUGCAACAACAUUUUUAACCUUAGGUAAAGUUGGGCUAUUCAGUAGUUUUAAAAUUUGUAGGUGCCUGUGUCUAGUUUACUUUAAAAGUGAGACCAGAUAUGUCAUUAGGCAUACUUAUAUUCUUGUAAGCGUGCGUAAUGAUGGAUACGUACAGUACAGUACUGCAUUUGUAAUUUGAAUCAAGUUUGGUGGUGUUUUUCCAGCUGACUUGGACAACCUGGUUGGCUCUGCAGAGCUGUUCCCUGAGUUGUUUGCAGCUUUGGGGGUGGGGGGUUGGCGUGGGGAGUACAGCCUUCAUUGGGGUCCACCUGGCCUGGUUUCCAUACUGUGCUCUAAAGCAUCCUCAUCCUCAGCACUGGACAUUUCGAAGUGGAUUAUUAAAUGAUACAAUUUCUAUGAAAUAAAGACUUGUUUUAAGAGGAGCUACUCAUGAAAUAGAUUUUAGCAGUAGUAGGAAAUUAAGGAAUAAACAUUUGAUAUUCAGCAACUGAAAA